CUGUCUCUUUCACUCUCUCUGCAACUCUCGCAACAAGAGAAGAGAAUCAAAUGGCGAGUUGCUUCAGCUACGUUUCUUCUCGUAACAAAUGUUACCAAUACAGCUUCUCUCGCGCCGGUCUCCGAUCAUCCACUUCCGAUCUCGGCGACGGCACCGUCGUCCACUGCUGGGUCCCACAGACCCACAUCGACACUAAGCCCACACUCCUCCUCCUCCACGGGAUCGGAGCUAACGCUAUGUGGCAGUGGGACCGGUUCAUCGACCGGUUUAUUCCACGGUUCAACGUCUACGUGCCGGACCUCAUUUUUUUCGGCGAGUCGCACACAACUCGGCCCGACCGGUCCGAGUCGUUCCAGGCGAGUUGUGUCAUGAAGGUGAUGGAUGCUCACGGCGUUGGGACUAUGACAGUGGCCGGUCUCAGCUAUGGCGGGUUCGUGGCGUACUCCAUAGCGGCGCAGUUUGAGGAGAGGAUAGAUAGGGUCGUGCUCAUAUGCGCCGGGGUUGCUCUGGAGGAGAAAGACGUGGAGGAUGGGAUGUUCAAAGUGAAGAGUCCGGAGGAAGCUGCGAUGGUUUUGUUUCCUCAGUCUCCUUCGAUGCUCCGGCGACUUCUCCAGUUAUCUUUCUACAAGCCUCCGAUUUGGAUUCCUUCUUGCUUUGCCAUGGACUACAUUCAUGUGAUGUGUAGAGAUUAUCUCCAAGAAAGGAAAGAACUCGUGGAAGCUCUACAUAAAGGUAGAAGAUUUGCCAAUCUUCCAAAGAUAACACAGCCUACAUUGCUGAUAUGGGGAGAGGAAGAUCAAGUCUUUCCAGUGGAAUUAGCACAUCGAUUGAAAAGACAUUUAGGGGAAAACAGAGCUCAAUUAGUGCUGUUAAAGAAGACAGGGCAUGCGAUUAAUGAAGAGAAACCAAAGGAGAUGUAUAAACACAUGAAAUCUUUUCUUUGCACAGACGCAAUGAUUCUUCCUAAGGACGAUGCUAAGAGACUCAUGUUAGCAAGCUUAGUAUCUCCAGAUCAGAUGAUCAACAAGUGAUGUUACUGAAGGCUGCUUAACUAAAUAAGUUCCAUUUGUUUUGUUCCUCCCGUAAUCAUGUUUAGUUUGUCACUAAGUGUGAUUAAUGUUUAAUUAUAUUAGUUACUGUUAAAACAUUGCUUCUUGUUCGAAUUAAGAAUACUUCUUAUCUCAA